AUGGGCAGAAGCCCUUGUUGUUCAAAGGAAGGCUUGAAUCGAGGUGCCUGGACAUCCCAGGAAGAUAAAAUCCUCCGAGAGUAUGUUGAUGUCCAUGGCCCAGGAAAAUGGAGCAAGCUUCCUCUAAGAGCAGGAUUGAAACGUUGUGGUAAAAGUUGUAGACUUCGAUGGUUGAAUUAUCUGAGACCAGAUAUCAAGAGAGGCAAUAUAUCCCCAGACGAAAAAGACCUUAUCAUCAGACUUCACAAACUCCUCGGAAACAGAUGGUCUCUAAUAGCUGGAAGGCUUCCGGGACGAACUGACAAUGAGAUAAAGAAUUACUGGAACACCAAUUUAUGUAAAAAAGUUAAGGAUCGUCACCUCAGCAUUUUUUCUGCACAACCGCCUGAAAAGAACGUGCAGAAAACAAAGCCUCAGGCAAUCUCCAAGGUCACCCCCCCUCUCUCUCUCUCUCAUGAUCUCAUAAUAAGUUUAAACUCCCAUAUGGUCCGUAUAAAGGCAUCUGAAUGCUCUAAGUUGUUGUCCGUACAUACACUCCCUCUCUCAUCAAUGCAAUUGCAGAGCACGUCUAUGGCAGAACUAGAAGCACAAGCAGAGAUAGAGAUAGAGCCAGAGUCAGAGCCAUUGCUUGUGAAUCAUGCAGACAAUAAUUCAACCGAAAACAAAAUCGAGACUAAUGCGUGCGAAGAUGAAUUUUUCUCAUUUCUCAGUGACGGAAAAGAACCUUCAAAGGAUUUGCUAUUAGAUUUUGACAUUGGGGAGAUUUUCUUACCUGAUCUUCUCAACUCGGAUUUCUGUGAUACAUGCGAUUUUAGUUACGACGACGACGAGGAUUUACUGCCUUUAUCCGACCAACCUCUCGUGUCCUCUCUUGAAAUUUUCCACGACAAGGACACAGAGAUACUUAUGUGA